AUGAGCUGGAGCUUCCUGACGCGCCUGCUGGAGGAGAUCCAGAACCACUCCACCUUCGUGGGGAAGCUGUGGCUCACCGUGCUCAUCGUCUUCCGCAUCGUGCUGACGGCGGUGGGCGGCGAGUCCAUCUACUACGACGAGCAGAGCAAGUUCGUCUGCAACUCGGGCCAGCCGGGCUGCGAGAACGUGUGCUACGACGCCUUCGCGCCGCUCUCGCACGUGCGCUUCUGGGUCUUCCAGAUCAUCCUGUCGGCCAUGCCCUCGCUCAUGUACAUGGGCUACGCCGCCAACAAGAUCGCCAAGAUGGAGGACACGAAAGGCGGCGGCGCAGGGGCGAGGGGGGCCGGCGCGGGCGAGGGCGGCGCCGGAACAGGGACUGGAACAAGCGGCGGAGGUGGCGGCGGUUACACGCACCGGCGUCCCAGGAAGAUGUACUUUGGGGCGCGGCAGCACCGCGGCGGGGGAAUGGAGGAGGGCGAGGAGGAGCAGGAGGACGACCCCAUGAUCUACGAGGUGCCCGAGCCGGACACGUCUCGACGGGACCUGCUGCCGCCGCGGCCCAAGCCCAAGGUGCGGCACGACGGGCGCCGGCGUAUCCGCGACGAUGGCCUGAUGCGCAUCUACGUGCUGCAGCUGGUGACGCGCACGGUGCUGGAGGCCUGCUUCCUGGCAGGGCAGUACUUCCUGUACGGCUUCAGCGUCACCGAUGUCUUCGUGUGCUCAGGCAAGCCGUGCCCGCACAACGUGGACUGCUUCGUGUCGCGGCCCACGGAGAAGACCAUCUUCCUGCGCAUCAUGUACGGUGUCACCUGCCUGUGCCUGAUGCUCAACGUCUGGGAGAUGCUGCACCUCGGCUUCGGUACCAUCGGCGACAUCAUACGGCGGAGACGGGCCGCACCACCCGACGACGAGUACCAGCUGGGACUUCUGGCCGCCGCGGCAGGGGUGUCGGUGGGGGUGGGCGGUGCCGGGGGACCGCUCAGCGAGGGUGAGGGCACCGGGGUGGGCGGGGUGGGGGUCGGCGGUGGCGGAGGGGGCAGCAGCGCGGCGGACUAUGUCGGGUACCCGUUCUCCUGGAACACGCCGUCGGCGCCGCCAGGAUACAACAUCGUGGUGAAGCCCGAGGCCAUGCCCUACACGGACCUGAGCAACGCCAAGAUGGCCUGCAAGCAGAACCGCGAGAACAUCGCCCAGGAGGAGCAGCAGCAGUUUGGCUCCAACGAGGACAACUUCCCCACGGGCAGCGAGUCGCGCGCCCCGCUGCCGCCCCCUCCGCCGCCCCUCCUCAACAAGGACGCCAUGCAGCACGCCCAGGACCAGCUGGAGGCCGCCAUACAGGCCUACAGUCAGCAGCACCACCACGACAACCACCACCACCAUCACCACCCCGACGACCCUCACCGUAGCAACGAGGAUGCUGACGAUGAUGACGACGACGACAACGACGACAAGCCACAGAGCAACAUCACGCCGGCGCAGAAGGAGAAGAAGCAUCAUCAUCACCAUCAUCACCAUCACCGGUCCAAAGCCGGCAGGGGUGGGGGCAGUGCUGGCAGCGGGGGAGGGAGCAGCAGCAGCAGCAGCAAAUCGGGAGAGGGCAAGCCGUCCGUGUGGAUAUGA